AAUUAUAUUUCUCCAAUUCUUCUUCUCCUUGGUGUUUGAAGUAAAUGAUUUCACUUUUUUGUUUCUUCUAAAGGUUUGUUUUGCGCCAGUACAACCGCCAGAUUGUGUUGUGGUGCUGGAUACGGACAGGAAGAGUUCAGUGAUUUUGGAGGCUGCUAGGCUUCAAGUUCCCAUUGUAGCACUGGUUGAUUCAAGUUUGCCAAGGGAUUACUACGAGAAGAUUGCUUAUCCUGUGCCUGCUAAUGAUUCAAUGGAGUUCGUGUACUUGUUCUGUAACAUCAUUACUAAAACUUUCUUGCUUGAGCGUAAGAAGAUGAGAGAAGCAAAGGGAGAUAUAUUUGAAGAUGAACCAGAAACUUCAACAAAAGAACUUGGGUAAUCUAUCCUAGAAUUUACGCAUUGCUCAUGAGUGUUGCUUGGGCAGAAUAAUUAUUGCUGCCUAUUCGUCUGAUGUCACUUGGUUCCGUGAACUUAUAAGUCUGCAGAAUAGAUUUUUUUUUUAUAGCAGUACGUGAAGCAAGUAAAGUAUAAGAAGGCAGAGAGUGUUAUUGUUUCCAUUGACACAGAACAUUUAGCCUAUGGAAUGGAUGUCAAUAGUUGACUUAAUUUUUUGUUUCUAUAUUCUUAAGAAAGAUAAACCAGUUGCAUAGUUUGGUUAGUUGGUCAAUAAAAGUUCUAAUCCAUAUUCUGCAUUGUAGAAAGGAGGUCCAGCAAGUUGACAAUAUGAAGAGAAUAAGCUCUGUAACUGAUGAAGUCCUUGUUGUUCCUUAUGACAGCUUAGCUCAUAUUUUUCAUGAUUCUGUUGAAACUAAGCGGAUCUUGGAUAAGCUUGUGGUGGUGAAGUUCAAUGGUACUUUGGGAACGGCUGUCGGAUUUAAUGGCCCUAAGUCCCUAGUUGAAGUAUGUGAUGGUUUGACUUCUCUCGACAUGAUUGUGAAUCAAAUUCAGACUCUUAAUCAGAAGUACGGGUCGGAUAUCCCACUGGUGCUUAUAAACUCCGGCAACACUCAUGAUGAUACGUCUAAGGUUUUGGAAAAAAUUUCCAGGUCAAACAUAGAUAUUCUUCCAGUUCAACAGGGCCAACAGUCUGCGGAAUCAUCUGGCCUGCAGGAGACCGAGAAUAAACUGCACCCUUCUGAUCAAGCAGCAGCAUUCCGCUCCCUGAUUAAUAGUGGGGCACUAGAUGUCUUACUAGUGAAGGGGAAGGAGUAUGUACUUGUUAUAAGCUCGGACAACUCAGCUGCGGUGGUUGAUGCCAAGAUCUUGAAUCAUUUGGUCUUGAACAAAAUUGAGUACUGCAUGGAGGUGACGCCAACAACAUCAUAUUACUCAACAAACCCUAUGGCUAACGAGUCUGAAGGAAAGUUUCAGCUUACGGAAAUCGCAGAGGAUGCAUCCACACACUCGAUGGAGAAUUUCAAGUUGAUUGAUACAAAAACAUUGUGGGUGAGCUUGAAAGCUAUCAAAAGGCUUGUUGAUACAAAUUCUCUGCCGGUGGAGAAUCUUUCGAUCUCCAAGGAAGUAGAAGACAAUCAACCUCCUCAGCAAGAGAAUGCAGCUGAUUUACCAAUAUGGUUAUUUAACCAAGCCAUUGGCAUUAAUGUUCCUCAAUCUCGGUUUCUUCAACUAAAUGCAACAUCUGACUUGCUUCGUUUGAAGUCUGACAUUUACUCUGCUGUUGAUGGUUCUUUGCUUCGGAAUCCAGCCAGAACCAAUCCCUUGGAUCCAUCCAUUGAAUUGGGGCCUGAAUUUGAAAAGAUUGAUGACUUCAAAAGUCGCUUCCACUCCAUUCCUAGCAUAGUUGAGUUGGACUCCUUGAAAGUCACUGGUGAUGUGUGGUUUGGAACGGGUGUUAGUCUUAAGGGGAAAGUAAGCAUCCAUGCGGAACCAGGGACCACAUUGAACAUCCCAAAUGACACGGUCAUCGAGAACAAGGAGAUCAACCAUCCGGCAGACAUUUGAGAGCCUGUAGAGGGUUACAUGGCUUCCAUCUCAUUUCUUGUUGGUUCGGUAGACAAGAAGACCUCCGAGGGUUACAAAUUAGCUUUUCUUUUUCCUCCGAGGAUAGGUUCGAUUGAAACUGGGUGGAUGCCUUUACUUUGUUUAUCAUGGCGCAAUGCUGUCAAAACUCUGAGAAGCUGGCAACUUGACGAUGUCAGCAGUUUGCACACAUAACCUUGAGCCGGGAGUGGAGCAGAGGAAUUGAAACAAGCCAAAAGUUCUGCACAACUUUGAAUAACCUUGUUGCUCAUUCCAGUUAGUCAAAUAUGCUGUAAUAUUCAGUUCUAUAAACCAGUCAUAUCAUUAGCAAGGAUAAUUCGUUCAUAUGCGUAUAUAGCGCUAUAGAUAGCAUAUUU